AUGAUUGAGUUAGGACUGAGCCGCGUCGCGCGUCUCCUCCAGCAAACCCCGUUGACAUGGAAAGCUAUUCACAUCGCCGGUACCAACGGUAAAGGUUCCAUCAGUGCUUACCUCUCCCAUUUGCUCUCUACGAGCGGUGUCCAAUGUGGCCGCUUCACCUCGCCUCAUCUGAUUGAUCGGUGGGAUUGCAUUACGAUCGGCGAACGGGUCGUCCAGGAAUCGCUUUUCCGGCAGAUCGAGUCCCAGGUCAAACAGCGAGACCAGAAGCUAGGCAUUGGUGCCUCGGAGUUUGAACUCUUGACCGCUACCGCUUUUGAAAUCUUCAAUCAUGAACAGGUCGAGGUGGGCGUGGUGGAGGUGGGUAUGGGUGGUCGCCUCGAUGCGACUAAUAUCUUGAGUGAUGUUUUGGUCUCGGUCAUUGCGAAGAUCGGGAUGGAUCACCAGGCGUUCCUAGGAUCAACGAUUGAGGAGAUUGCCCGGGAGAAAGGUGGAAUUCUCAAACCUGGUGUGCCCUGUGUGAUUGACAACACCAACGAGACUGCCGUCAUCGAGACCUUGUCAACCCGUAUCCAAGAGCUCGGCAUUGACGCAAUCUUCGUCUCGCCGGACAAAGUUGACGAGCAACUCCCGCCUCUCGCCCAGCUUUUCCGAACAUCGGAUCUUGAGCCUCACCAAAAGGAGAACAUGUGCUGCGCCGUAUCUGCCCUGCGUCUCGCACUGUCCAAGAUUCGACCUCAGGUGGAUACCUUUUCACUCCUGCCCCAUCUUUCAGACGUCAAGUGGCCCGGCCGCUUGGAGAACAUCAACCUCCAGCCUCUCAUCGAACGUACCGAGCCUGUCCUCCUGGAUGGUGCCCAUAAUCCACAGUCUGCCGCAGUUCUCGGCCGAUACAUUGACCGCAAGCUCCGCCCAACCUCGCAAAAUGUCACAUGGGUCAUUGCUGCGUCCAGUGGGAAGGAUCUGGCUGGAGUCUUCUGCUCCAUCAUUCGGCCGGGCGACAAUGUUGCGACGGCAGAAUUUGGCCCUGUUGAUGGCAUGCCCUGGGUGACACCCACCAAUGCUACCGAGCUUGCCUCAACCGUGCGAUCCAUCUCGGAAAUUGGACAAGUGGAGAGCUUUGAAGGAGAUUUACCCCCUGCGAUUCAAUGGGCUAGCAAGGUUGCCCAGGGAGGUCCCAUCGUUAUUGCUGGUAGUUUGUAUCUUGUUUCGGAUGUUCAUCGUCUCUUGCGCGAUGCACGUCAAUGA